AGCGAAGGAACAGAGAGAGAGAGAGCUACAGUUUGCUGGCCUGGACUGUAGGGGAUGAGAAUGUUUUAAAUAGCAUGGAAUAUGUUCACACAGUCACACAGCUCUGCAUCACUUUAGAAGAGACGCUCUCCUCCAGACACACCAGGCUAAUGCACUACUGAUCACAGCCAGGUAUUCGGUAACACAGAGCUGAAGCCAUGCCUCUUGGGAAAAAUGGAAAGAAGAAAACUGAAGACAUUAAUAUGGUGUACAACAUCAAGGAGAAGCUGGGAGCAGGAGCUUUUUCUGAAGUGGUCCUUGCGCAGGAAAAAGAUUCAGAGAAACUGGUAGCCCUAAAAUGUAUCCAGAAGAAGGCCCUGCGUGGAAAGGAGGCGGUGGUGGAAAAUGAAAUUGCAGUCCUUAAGAAGAUCAAGCAUAACAAUAUUGUUGCCCUGCAAGAUAUUUAUGAGAGCCCCACUCACCUUUACUUGGCAAUGGAACUAGUCACGGGUGGCGAGCUCUUUGAUCGCAUCAUUGAGCGAGGAUAUUACACGGAAAAGGAUGCCAGUCAGCUCAUCCGACAGGUCUUGGACGCUGUGCAGUACUUGCACAAUAUGGGAAUUGUGCACCGUGAUCUCAAGCCAGAGAACCUCCUCUAUGCAACUCCUUUUGAAGACUCCAAAAUCAUGAUCAGUGACUUUGGCCUCUCCAAGAUUGAAGAUGGUGGAAUGAUGGCCACAGCUUGCGGGACACCAGGCUAUGUGGCCCCUGAACUCCUGGAACAGAAGCCAUACGGGAAAGCUGUUGAUGUAUGGGCCUUGGGUGUCAUCUCAUACAUUCUACUGUGUGGAUAUCCGCCAUUCUAUGAUGAAAAUGACUCCGAGCUUUUCAAUCAAAUCAUAAAAGCAGAGUAUGAAUUUGAUUCGCCAUACUGGGACGAUAUAUCUGAAUCAGCUAAAGACUUUAUCCGACACCUGCUGGAGAGGGAGCCCGAGAAAAGGCUGACCUGUGAACAAGCCCUGCAGCAUCCAUGGAUCUCCGGAGAUACGGCGCUAGAACGAGACAUCCACGGUUCUGUCAGUGAGCAAAUCCAGAAGAAUUUCGCCCGGACUCAGUGGAAGAGGGCAUUUAAUGCAACGUCCUUCCUGCGCCAUAUCACUAAAAUGGGUCAAAGUGCUGAAGUAGAUACUGAUGAUAACGCAGGGGAGACGGUCCAGGAGGAGAAAGAUAAGUGGUGAUUGGAGCUGGAAAAUGAAGACUUGACGUCUGGAGUCCCCCCAUAUCAGGGAUCUCCAUGUCAGGCACUACACCCUUGCAUGAGCUUGUGGUGACACCUGUCUGCAUGAUGCCUACAGCGGCCAAUGGCUGUUCUUCCCUUAGCCCACCACGGCCCCACUUCAAGCCCCCCUGUUCCUCCAGCUGGCCACGGUUCAUUGAGAAGUUCUUGAGAUGGAGAUGGCUGCUUCCAUAUGGUUCGUCCCUCACUACCUCCUCAUUCAAAGGGCCAUAAACAGACAUGGACUUAGAGAUCGCUCACUGGUUGUGUUGUGUUGAAGUCCUCUGUCGUAAUGAGUAAUGCUAAGGAUGGCCAUGGGACCCAGAACCUGAGGAUAAUACGUUGGCCCAUUAGAUUUACACAUCAUUGUCCUUUUUCACACACUAACAUAUUUUUCCACUUGAUUUUCUUAAAACUUUUGCAUUUAUUUAGAUUUGAAAAUUAUGUAUUGUUUAGUUUUUAUUGCCAUCACGUUAAUGGGGCAUUAUGAGAUCUUGUGCAAGUAUGAGCCAUAUCAGUUGUCCCAAAUAUUUCAUUUCAAAUUUUGUCUAAACUCCACCACUUAUUUGGACCUUCUUACGUUAUCACCUUCUGCAACUCCAUGUCCAUACGUAAGUUGUUUUUAAGCCAAUCAUCCCAUCAAUCAAAAAAAAAAAAGUAUAUCCUCUUAAGUUUAGAGGUUGCAGAAGAUGAUGUAUCCCAGGACGGGAAAUCUUUGUCCCAAGGGCAAGCGAAGGUUAUGUUCUGAAGUGGCUGAUUGGAAGGUGGAAGAAAAGACGCCACGAGAAUGGAGGAUUGGGACCUGGAAGGCUGGGAAGACCCUGAGCUGAAUUGUAUUUUGGAUUUGGAUGUAUUGGAUGUUUAUCUUCUAGUGGAAAUAUGUCUCACUUCAUUGUGAACCCUUGGAUCUGUGCCAAAUCACGGACCUUGUGCUCCUCCUGUUGUCGAUAUGAUGUAACAAUGCUGCUGAAGCUCGGUUGGAGGAGACACUGUUAUAAAAAGAAAAAAAAGAACAUAUGAUAACAGUCACAGGAUAGUUUGUGGACUCACCGACACUCAUCAAAUUCCCCUUUCCCUUGUGGAGAUGUGCCAAAAUAUUGAAAGUGUGCUUAGGCUUCUGGUGUCAUUAUGAAACUAAACUAGUUAUCAGUGUAUUAGGACCGUGGUUUAUUUUCUCAAAGAGUGUACUCUUGUGAUUUAACUGUAUUACAUUAAAUACAAUUGCUGACCAGAA